AUGGUUGUCAUAGUAACAAUUGCCAAACAACAUGUUCUGUAUUGUUGCGUACAGUUAUCAAGUGCAAUGGAAUGUUAAUAUACUUGCAACUACUAUUGUUAAACAAUGCAUACGUUAAAAUUAGUAAUGAUAGGACCGACUGAGAGUGGGAAAACCACGAUAGCGAAUUUUCUGGCGGAUGCUACAGAAAUUUCGUAUGAUUAUCAUCCAACUCAAGGUGUUCGAAUAUUAGAAUUUGAAAUUAACGAUAUUGAAGUUAAUAAUGAACGCAUCUCGAGAGAUCUCGAGCUGUGGGACUGCAGUGGAAAUCACAAGUUCAAAAAUUGUUGGCCAGCUAUACGUAAAGAUGUACAUGGCGUAAUCCUCGUGUGUAGCGCAAAAAUACAAGAUUCUUCGAAAAAGCUGAUGGAAUAUUAUGAUUACUUUGUUAGCGGAGCUAAAUUAAGGCCAAAUAGUUGUGUAAUAUUCUUCUUUGAUCCUGAUAAUACAUCAAGCGCAUCGAAAAUUAUUUCAUCUACUUUCUCAAAUGUCUCUCAUGUCAAGUGUAACGUGGAUGACGGUGGCGACAAAUUAAAGGCUGAUUUUCGAUUGUUUCUAAGUGCCCUAAUAACGAAACUACAUGAAGAUAAAGAAGAAAAGCUGAUAUUAAGUGAUAAUAUAUUAUUUUCUAAAUAAUAUGUUCAUUUUUUCAUAACAAUUAUACAAAUAAUAAGAAAAUAUUACUCUUUAUUAUAAUACCUAUCUCUGUUAUAGUUAUUUAUAUAGCCAAGAAUACACUUGAUUAGCAAUAUUUUCGUCAUCAAUGUAUAAUAUUUUAAUUACAAAUUGUAUAUCACA